ACGACGGCACACAGUUUGGAUUAUUUUCUCUCUUUUGGCUUUUUGUUGUCUCCUCCACCAUAGUUGCGCCUUCUUUCUCUUCACCGGUAAGAGAAGCCGGUUUCAGAUUUGAUCUAUUCGAAGAAUUGCGGCUUUCGCUCGUCGGGAUAAUCCUUGCUUCUUCCUGUUUGAUAGAUUUCUACUGUGUUUUAGAGGACAUUGUGUGGGGAAUAGUUGGCGAGAUUUAUGGGAUUUCAACGGGGAUUUUUCUAAUGCACGCGUGUUGUUCGACGGAAAGCCGCAGAGAAGUUUUGUUGCUGUCUGAUUUGACUGAGACUCAAAAGUUUGAGAAUUGUUGCUUGGGUAUUGAGAAGCUAGUCUUAUGCAGGUUCCUAUAUGAGUUGGAGUAAACGACGGUGAUACAUUGAGUGUUUUUCAACUAAACUAGCUUUCGAAUGGUGAGCUCGUCUGUUUCAAAUAAGAGAUACACUUACAUACAUGAAAGUGAAAGUAACUCAACUAGAGAAGCCAUUGACAUUCAUCAUGUGAUUAUCAACGGAGGCAGAGCAACUGGUUAUGCCCGUCGUAGGGGGAUUGGUUUCUUCCUUGUGCUUCUGGCGAGUUCUAUCUACUUUUUUCUUGGAAAGGAAAAUCCAGUUAGAACUCUUUCUUGGGGCUGCCUUUUAAGUGGUUUCUUAGUUAUGCUACAAAGUCGCAAGUUCGUCAACAAAGAAUAUGUGAUAAUCAUGCCAACCUUCGGGAUCCAACUUGAAACUCAAUAUUUAAGUGGAAAAACUGUCUCCAGGUUUAUCCCUGUUGGCAAGAUUUUGAAGCCUGUGUUGGUCGAAUGUGUCACUCCCAUUACAUGCUACUGGAGUCUCUCUUUAUUUCUGCGUGGCGAAGAACAACUUACAUUGGUGUUUAAGGAACUGCGUCCUCCAUUGAAGAUGUUGGUUCCCAUUUGGAAAGCAUUGUGUGCUGCUAUCGGCACAGACCACCAAAGUGAAACGAUAGCUGAAGAAGAACAUGAUGUAUCUAGUUAACUGAAGUUGUGAUUAGAGAACUUGUAGAUUUGUUGCUUGCUGUUGGCAGUUUUGUUUGGAAGAUGACCACACAAUAUGUUCUGUAAUGGGAGAAUUUGACUUAAAAAAAGAAAAAAACUCUUGACUGGUGAACUUUUGGACCAUGUAUCGUUUGUCAAAGCAACUUUUAUUUUGUAAUCGAAUGCAAAGAGUACAAUGAGUUAUAUCAGCUUGCAAA